GUUGCUACCAACCUCUAAGAAACAUAGAAACAUCUUAUCUUCCUCUAUAGACUCUCACGUUGAAAUAUUACUGUUCAUCUUGAUCGAACUAUGCAACAGAAUGACCUAACAUCAAAGCAGAUUCGACACAAAAGCACGUGUGUGUCUGCGUGACAGUAGCAAGGCUGGCCUGCACCGCGGGGUGCAGGCCUCCAGCCGCCACAGCUGAAGGAAUAUCGCCGUGUUCUGCCAGCCUCACGCCUUUCUCUUUCAAUCUGUCAUCUCUUUAUCGGGGGAUAUUUGUUUUUGGGACCUUGACAUCGCCGAUGAGCCCCUCCUGAAUGUGACAAUCGUGCGCCCAGAUACGCGACUCAUGUACUCUAACUGAAGCCUGCUGCAUUUGUUUCCUACCAUCACCGACCGAGUCCAAGUCACCAGCUGCCUGCGCGCGCAUGUCCCAGCCUCGAAUUCUUCAUUCCGCGCAAAACUGAUAUAACUACAUCCUAUUGCAUUUGUUUCGCCCUCCGAGUCUGAGUCGCCUAGCACCUGCCAUCAGAUUAUAGCCUCGAGUUCUCUCACCUAUACAAGGCUUAUGCGACUGCAUGCCGUUGUUACAUUGGGAUCGCAGUCGCAGCAUUUUCGAGACCAAGCCGCCGACCGUCUGCCCUUAAAUCCUACCUUGAAUUCCCUACCCCGAGCCCACGACGAUGGACAAUCUUCCCCUCGAUCACAGCUCAGCCAUAGCCGAUUUCAGAGCUGCCCGAAAGAAAUAUACCCAAAAAGCUGCCUGUGGGCGAAACUAUGUUCUGGUGAAGAAGCUCAAGCUUUGGCUAGAGAGCAAUGGAACAGACGGUAGAUCCCAGGCGAGCCAUCUUCUUGAUUUCGCAUACCGCAAACGCAGCCGUCAUAGGCCCGUUCUCCCAAUCUCGCGGGAUGUAUUGUCUGAUAAACGCAAUGGGUGCCUUCUUGUUUUCUGUAUACUGCUCGAACUUGACUGUGGCCAUCUAAUCGAUGAAUUCUGGAGACAAGAUAUUUGCGACAAACACCUUCCAAUCAACCUCCACUCAUUACAAGAGAAGGCUGCAACUAUGGUUACAAGCGACUCAAACUCAUUAGCAAACGGCUUCAACAACUUGCAGUGGCAGUUUUGCCCAACUACAUUUGAGCUGAGAAGGGGACGCAAAUUGGUUGUAGACCAUAUUUUGCCAUUCUACAGAAAGGAGAAAAUCAACGACAAGGGUGCCACCGCCCAACUCUGGCAAAUCGAAGUCGCCGAGGAGUUUGUAGAUCCUAAUCUAGCUCGAGCUGUUGCGAAAGAUGGCAACUACAAUGACCCGAAUGAUGACAUUGGCCAGCGAUAUCACUUCGCUAUAAAAACCUUUGACGAAGGUAAACGAGAUCUUUUCAAAAACGAAAAAGAAGCAUUUCUAGCUCUUCGUGACCAUCCAGGCAUGAUACAGUAUUUGGGCGAUUACGAGCAUGUUGAAAUUCGCCAAUCAUCCAGUCCCCAAAUCAUCACACCUGGUGGGACAUUGGAAACCGGGACCAUAAAGGCAAAUACCUCGAAUAUCAUUUUGGAAUAUGGGGAUCACGAUCUAGAUGAAUAUUUUAUGGAAUUUGUCCCACCGGUCUUCCAAAGUGAGAUCAAAUCCUUUUGGGAAUGCCUGUUUGAUGUAGCCGAUGCAGUGAAACACAUCCACCACUUGAAGGUAAACACGGAAGGUCGAACGCAAGAAUUCAAUGGGUGGCACGCGGAUAUUAAGCCGGAUAAUAUUCUGAUUGUUCAAGGCAAAUUUAAAUUAGCUGACCCUGGCUUUGCAACGUUUGUGAAAAAGAAAAAUACCGAAACGGAGCCCAAGAAGGUCGUCGCUGGAGGCACAGAGACAUAUAGUGCCCCAGAACGCCGAUACUCUAGCAGCGGAACAAGGGAAGGAGCAGUCUCGCAAACGAUCGACAUCUGGUCCCUAGGGUGCGUCUUUUCUAUCGCUGCGACCUGGGUUGUUCUAGGCCAUGAAGGCAUACGGCAAUUUACGAGGUUGCGCCAAAGAUCAAUUCGUAAUAGUUCCGAAGAACAGGCUGCACAUCGCACCAGACCUCACCCUGACCUAGACCAUUUCCAUAACGGCAAAGAAGUUCUCCCUGAUGUGCUAAGCUGGCAUGCAUAUUUGCGAAGCGUAUUACGCAAGUCCGAUACUAUUACCAGCAGCGUGCUUGAUCUUAUCGACAAAGAUAUGUUUGUGGGAGACGCGGGUUGUCGAAUCAAGGCAACCGAGCUUUGUAAAAAACUACACGAUAUCAAGUCUCACAUGCAAACUGAAACCCGGGCGCUCCCAAAAGCUAUCAUGGAGGCUCUUCUUGAGGUUGACGAAGCUCCCCCAAAGGAGUCAAUGGCAAGCACCACCCAUGAACUCACCAUGCCAAAGGAAUCUCCUACAAUUGUUGAUAAGCGUCAAGCCCAAAAAUCGGCACUUCUUGGAGCCCCUUUGAAGAUGACGGCCCGACGUUCCGAGUAUCUCAAGUCAGAAUUGAGUAAUUCAUAUGUCAACUUCCAAACAGAUGACGAGUAUCCUGAAAUUUCUAUAACUGUGCCAUCGUCUCAUAAGCCGGUAACCCAGAAGGUCAAUGAGGAGCCACGUCCAUUAAACCGGAGAAAUUCCCGGAUUCAAGAAGAGAACAUAUCAACCAGAAAAGAUGCAGAAGCACCCCUUAGCCCACGAUAUAUGCAAAUCGGCUCAUUUGCUACAACUAUGCAACGUCCUGUGAACCGGAAACGGAGAACCAACCCGCCGCAGGAUAUCUUCCAAGCCCGCGAAGAAGUUAAGAGCCGUACAAAGAUGCGUCUGUUCGGAAGAAAGACCACUAAAGAUGAACUCCUUUCCAGACAUUUUAGUAAUCGAGAUAUAAAAUUUCUAGUAGAUAAUGCCGAGUCGAUGAGUCGAUAUUGGGCUAAUGCGAAGUUUCUACUUGAAACCCUCAUACUAAAAGCAAUAGGCCAAGACGACAAUGGAAUGGACCUCUCUUUCACUUUCGGAAACAUUUCGGUUCAGAAUAGCAACGUUGUAUCUAAGUUUACAGACGCCAUGGACGAUCAAGAAGCACGGCCAAGAGAUCAUUUGCACACCGACAUGAAGGGAUCACUUGGGGAUAUCUUCUACGAAUACUUUCAAGUGGCGAAGAAAAGGGGGAGCUGGAGCAAAAACCUUACAUUGAUUGUUCUUACGGAUGGCAAGUGGGAUGGCAUGGAAGACAAGAACGGAGUCGACACUAUGAUCAUAGAGUUUGGCAACCAAGUACAGAAAAUAUUUGGCAACCUCAAACAUCGGCCCGUGAGCAUAGAGUUCAUCCAAUUCGGCCAUGACCCAAAUGCGACGAGCAGAUUACGGAGAUUAGAUGACGAUCUAGUAUACUCUGGAAUUCCGGACAUUGUUGACUUCGAGCACUGCUCGGGGGAUGUUAACAAAAUGCUUCUAGGAAGCUUCGUCGAAGAAUACGACGACGACGAGGAGCCGGCUACUAUGUCUAUAAUCUCAGAAUUAGAUGGCGUCCCUCUAACGGAGACCCCAUUGCAGCAGCCAACAAAUUAUUUCCCGACCUCGAGCACUGCUGAGACUGGCCUGUUCGAACUAGCAACGAGGCAGCCCAUAUCGUCACAGGUGCGAAGAAACACGGCGACGGCAGAACCACAGCGGGAGCAGUUUACUCGAUCCUCUCGUCAUAGUUAUCACCCACGGUGAUUCAAUCACAGUAUUUCCGCGAAACUUAAUGAGCCUCUAAAUCCUUCGAAUUUUUUGUCUCUCUUCUGUCCAUAAGAGAUAGCUACGCAUAGAGGAUUCGAUAGCGGAGUUUAGGAGUGAUUAGUGUUUCGAUGAGGGUGAGAGGUGCUUUUUAGGGAAGGUAGCUAGGUAAAUGAGGGAGCUGAAGGGUUGGUUACAUAUACCUAGGACAAAAGUACAAAGGGGGAGGAGAGACGCGGAAAGGAGUUUGUUUGCAGUAGAUGAGAGUAUAGAACGCGUACUCUAAUUUAGUCUAUCUACGUCUUAAGAAAAAGCAUAACCACCCGUCCGCCAACCAGCUAAUGCAUUUAUUAUAUCUCGUUUAGCAAUGGGGCGUACUCGUGUGAAAUUUAAGGCGCCUGAGUAGGUGGGAGUGGUGGAGUUUGAGAAGAUUAAUGGUAUUAGCGGGUGUUCUCGAGAUGAGGAAUAAGAUUGGAUAUCUAGGGGUUAGACGAAUUUAAUGUCGAGUUUUUUCAC